GAUUGGCGGGGAAGUAUGUUACAAAUUAGAACCACUCAUGAGUUCUUGUUUGGUGCCCUUGCUGAGCUUGUAGAUAAUGCCAGAGAUGCUGAUGCCACGAGAAUAGAUAUUUACACAGAACGGCGAGAGGACCUGCGAGGUCAAUUCAUGCUAUGUUUUUUGGAUGAUGGAGCAGGAAUGGAUUCAAGUGAUGCCGCAAGUGUGAUUCAGUUUGGUAAAUCAUCCAAACGAUCACCAGAAUCGACUCAAAUUGGGCAGUAUGGGAACGGCUUGAAAUCGGGUUCCAUGCGGAUUGGGAAGGAUUUUAUCCUGUUCACUAAGAAAGACACCACUAUGACCUGCCUCUUCCUGUCACGCACAUUUCACGAGGAAGAAGGGAUUGAUGAGGUGAUUGUCCCACUGCCCACCUGGAACACACGUACCCAGGAGCCCAUGACCGAUAAUAUGGAAAAAUUUGCAAUUGAGACUGAGCUCAUUUACAAGUAUUCCCCCUUCAAGUCAGAGCAAGAGGUGAUGGAGCAGUUUAAGAAAAUCCCUGGGGAGAAGGGGACCUUAGUGAUUAUCUUUAAUCUCAAACUGAUGGAUAAUGGGGAGCCAGAGCUGGAUGUGACCUCCGACCCCCGAGAUAUCCAGAUGGCAGAAACCCCCCCUGAAGGAACGAAGCCAGAGCGUCGCUCCUUCCGUGCCUAUGCUGCUGUCCUUUAUAUUGAUCCCAGAAUGAGGAUCUUCAUCCACGGACACAAAGUGCAAACCAAGCGACUUUCCUGUUGCCUCUACAAGCCCAGGAUGUAUAAAUACACUUCAAACCGCUUCAAGACCCGUGCGGAGCAGGAGGUGAAGAAAGCGGAGCACAUGGCUCGGAUAGCGGAGGAGAAGGCUCGCGAGGCCGAGAGUAAAGCCCGUGCACUAGAACUUCGCCUGGGCGGGGAUCUCACACGAGACUCCAGGGUGACUCUACGGCAAGUCCAGAACACAGCCAUAACCAUGCGUAGAGAGGCUGAUGUCAAGCGGCGGAUCAAGGAGGCAAAGCAGCGGGCACUGAAGGAGCCUAAAGAGUUGAACUUCAUCUUCGGGGUGAAUAUCGAACAGCGGGAUUUGGAUGGCAUGUUCAUCUAUAACUGCAGUCGGCUGAUUAAGAUGUAUGAGAAGGUCGGCCCACAGUUGGAGGGUGGCAUGGCAUGUGGUGGAGUGGUAGGAGUGGUGGACAUACCCUACUUGGUUCUCGAGCCCACCCACAAUAAACAGGACUUCGCAGAUGCUAAAGAGUAUCGACACUUGCUGAGGGCGAUGGGGGACCACUUGGCUCAGUACUGGAAGGAUGUUGCUAUUGCCCAGAGAGGUAUAAUCAAGUUUUGGGAUGAAUUUGGCUAUUUAUCAGCAAACUGGAACCAGCCUCCCUCCAGUGAUCUGCGCUACAAACGCCGUCGAGCCAUGGAGAUCCCUACCACAAUUCAGUGCGAUAUGUGUUUGAAAUGGCGGACCCUCCCAUUCCAGCUGAGCUCCGUGGAGAAGGAAUACCCGGAUACUUGGGUGUGCUCCAUGAACCCUGACCCUGAGCAGGAUAGGUGUGAAGCUUCAGAGCAGAAGCAGAAGGUGCCCCUGGGAACACUGAAAAAGGACUUCAGAUCACAAGAGGAGAAGCAGAAGCAGCUGACGGAGAAAAUUCGCCAGCAGCAGGAGAAACUGGAGGCUCUGCAGAAAACAACUCCAAUCCGGUCCCAGGCUGACCUGAAGAAAUUGCCUCUAGAAGUGACCACACGGCCUAUCGUGGAGGACUCCCAAUCACUGAGCAGACCUCAACGCCCACGAUCUCCUCCUUUACCUGAUGUAAUUAAAAAUGCUCCCAGCAGGCCGCCGCCGCCUCCCCCCAAGUCCAUCAGCCAACUGCGAAAGGCCCCCCUGGCUCGGCCAGCCAUCAGCACCCCCAAACUGGCAAGUGUGCUAUCCAGGGAGGAAGCUAGUACUUCCAGGACACAGCAGCAUAUUGUGACUGCGGGAAAGUCAAACAGCACAGUUGUCAGGACUCCUGCCAAACCCAUCCAGGCGGGGAGGCCACCCCCCAUGCUUCUGCAGAAUUCCAUGAGCCAGCGUGAGACUCCCAGCCCCAAAAUUGUAAAGACGCCGGUGCUGAAAAAACCUGCAGCACUCAAACCUCCCCAGCAGGCCUCCAGCAUCCGCAAGAGGACAUUUAACACCGUGGAGGAUGGAGCUGAGGAAGAAGUGGAGCAGAAGAAGGAGAAAACUAAACGGGGCAAAUUUGUGGUAGUGAAAGAGGAGAAGAAGGACUCAAACGAGGUGGUGGUUGAGCUCACAGACAGUGCAGGGGAGGAGGAACUAGCAGAUCUGAAAAAAGCCCAAAAAGACAAAGGGCUGCAUGUGGAGGUACGAGUGAACAAGGCAUGGUUCACAGGCCGUGUCACGGCUGUGGAGAUGGGCAAGCAUGCCAUACGCUGGAAGGUGAAAUUCGAUUACGUACCUACAGACACCACACCAAGAGAUCGCUGGGUAGAGAAGGGCAGUGAGGAUGUACGGUUGAUGAAGCCUCCCUCUCCAGAGCAUCAGAGUCCAGACACACAGCAGGAAGAAGAGGAGGUUGUAGCUGAGCCGUCUACCUCAGACUGUGCCCGAAUUGAGCCAGACACCACCGGUCCCAGCAGCAACCAGGAGACUGUGGAUUUACUAGUCCAGACACUCCGGAAUUGUUUGCGGUACUUCUUACCUCCAAAUUUUCCCAUCUCCAAGAAGGAGCUGAGUUCCAUGAGUUCAGAAGAAUUGAUGGCUUUUCCUCUGAAAGAAUAUUUCAAACAGUACGAGAUGGGUCUGCAGAACUUGUGCAAUUCCUAUCAGACUCGUGCUGACGCCCGGGCCAAAGUCUGUGAGGAAAACCUCCGCAGCUCAGAGAGAAAACUUAAGGAAACAGAGGAGAAACUGCAGAAACUGAGGACUAAUAUUGUGGCACUUCUGCAGAAAGUGCAGGAGGACAUCGAUAUUAAUACUGAUGAUGAGCUGGAUGCAUAUAUUGAGGACCUGAUCACCAAGGGAGACUGAGCAGUCCCGACCCAGCACUGGCGAGCAGCAUGGAGGAGUUGGUCCCUGUGAUCUCGGAGGUGUGGAGUCCUGCAGUGGAGGGGACCCGAGCAGCGCAUGAAAGGGGAGGGCCGUUCGACUGUGUAUUAUAUUGAUGUGUCGGUGUACAACCUGUUCUUGUGAUUUUACAUGCAAAAGACAUUGGUGCUGUUGGCAGGACAGUUUUUAACAUUGUAGUUCUUCAACUCUCUUCCCUUUGUUUAUAAAUAUUUAUUUUUUAAAAGAAA